CCGUGAGAGUGCUUGCAUGGACUGAUAGACUAGGUGAAUCUCCAGGUAAGUACUAUUGAUCCAAGUGCGCAAUAGCGUUCUGAGCUUGUUGAGAUCAAUGUGUCUAGCCCUAAUGUCAAACAUCUCAUAGAUAUGGUUGGCAAGAUUGUAAUGGUAAUACCGGUCAGAACGAAGGCUAGGCUGCUCUGUAUAUUGUGGCCCCUAACUUCGCCAAUCCCUGUAAAUUCAUGUACGAAAGCACUGAUCAAGUGUAAUGAGGGUGUCGCCUCGCUUCCUGCUCUGACGAAUGACAGAGAAGAUAUGAACUUCAAGGCUUUGCCAGCGGUUAGGCAUCUUCCGAAGUGAUCUUUACCCCUCACCUUCUUCAUAUCUCUCGUAGCACCCUAUUCACAUCUCACCAAUCUUCUGCCUCUUCAUUAAGCCUAUGACUUAAUCAUCGCAUAUUCCAUGAGGCAGAAACACUGAGUGUUGGAAAUCACACGAUAAAUCUGCCUUCGAGCUCUAGUCGGGACACAUAUAUUCAUUACUCUGAUAGCCAACCAUCCGGUGCAGUGAAACGCAUUCACCUGAAAAGCGCCACGAGUCAAUUUGCGUUAUCUCAGACAGAUCCAUCAUGCUAUGGUGUCUGAAAGGACUGUUCAGGGGGAAUAGUCAUCCAUCGUCAAGGGGUGGUGCUAAUACCGACCCCACCGGCUCUGCGGCGAUCGAAGGCAGCAGUAAUGACAAGUCUUUCGCGACAGUUGCGCCAACAAAGGAUAAAGGGGAAAAUCUGGGACUCAAGACUCUCUACGCACCAGAUAGUCCAGAGGAUAUACAUGUCGACAUUGUCUUUCUUCAUGGUUUGACCGAAAACUCUUACAACACAUGGCUUCAUAAAGAAAGCGGCGUCCAUUGGCCCAGUCAGCUGCUCAACAAGAGUAUUGAACACUCACGGAUCCUCGCAUUUGGAUAUGAUGCGAGAGUUGCCAGCUUCUGGGGAAGAACCUCUCGGAAUCGCUUAGCGAACCAUGCCGACAAUCUAGUAGAUCAACUUGCCGGACUGAAAGAAGACACCGACACGGAAAAAAGACCCACGAUCUUCGUUGCUCAUAGUCUUGGAGGCCUGGUCGUCGAGAAAGCACUGCAAGUAUCAGCAGAAAGUGCUAAACCGCAUCUUCGCACAGUUGAGCAAGGCUCACUGGGUAUACUGUUCAUGGGAACUCCACACUCCGGCAGUGACUUCGCUCCCUUUGCCAAGUCCAUAGGGAAUAUUCUAAGCUUGGUAGGGAAAAGAGUCAACGUCAAUAUCCUAGACACAUUAAAGAGAGAUUCUCAGACUCUUCUAGAUGUCGAGGACUGGUUUGGUCAUUGGCGAAGGAGGCGAGCGGAAACUGGUGCACCCAUACAUAUCACCACUUUCUAUGAAGAGUUAGAAUUGCCGGUGGGUGGCAAGGUAGUGGAGGAAUUCCAGGCUAAGAUAACAGGUUACUUCUCCUAUGGAAUUCAUGGUAAUCAUAUGGAUAUGACCAAGUUCCCAAGAACGGAUGACCCGGGCUAUGUGGUUGUUCAAAGAGAGAUACGCAGGUGGUACAAAGAGAUCAGAUCUCCAACAGUGGCAGCCUUGAAAAACACGACACAUCCGAGAUUCCAGGAGCUUAUUGAUCAACUACAGCAACAUACAUCCGCUUACGCCGCAAGAAAAGAUGUGAACCCAGAUCGAAUAUCAGGAACAUGCGAGUGGUUUGUCAAUCACGAAAAGUUCAAGCAUUGGAACAAUGGUGUUGGCAAUGGCCUCCUUUGGGUAUCAGCAGACCCCGGAUGCGGAAAGUCUGUGCUGGCCAAAUACCUUGUGGAUGAAGUCCUCGCACGACCAAAUAGAUCGAUCUGCUACUUCUUCUUCAAAGAUGGAUACCCCGACCAACAGUUUGCCUCGAACGCUUUAUGCGCGAUCCUUCAUCAACUAUAUCUACAACAACCUGAGCGUGUUCGCUCAGCUGUCAUUGAUCGCUUCCUAAAGGACAAGAAGAAUAUGCACGGCUCUAUAUCGAAUCUGUGGAACAUUAUAGUUGGGACCGCAAGCGACUCAAAGCAUGGUGAAGUCGUGUGUGUACUCGACGCAUUAGAUGAAUGCCAAGCCAAAGACUCCAGAGAAUUCGCCAAACGCAUCACGCGUUACUUUUCAAAAGCCAGCACGAACUUCAAAUGUAUCGUGUUGAGUAGAACCUACCAACGCAUUCAAUGGCAAUCCCAAGAGCUCGAAAAAGACAUGCCAAUGAUCCAUCUGAGCGGCGAGAACGAAACCGAAAUACAGGAGAUUGUAAAAGAAAUCGAUUUGGUCAUUAAGAGUCGAGUAUCCUCAUUGGGGAGAAAGCGGAAGCUUCUGGAAGAGGAAAUAAACUAUCUGCAAGACCUUCUCACAGCUGUACCCAACCGGAUUUAUCUUUGGGUCACACUGACCUUGAAUAUUAUCGAAAAUCUAUCUGGAUUUACCAAAGGCAAUAUCAUUAGGACAGUGAAAAGGUUGCCUCAAACUGUCGAUGAAGCAUACUCCUGGAUCCUAUCGAAGAGUACCGAUCCCAACAAGACACUGAAAGCUUUUCAUUGUGUCACAGCAGCGUACAGGCCUUUGACGGUGAAACAGCUCAUGCUUAUGAUCACCAUAGAAGACGAUAAGACCCCACUGGAGUUUUCAAAAGAUCUGGAGCCCACCGAAAGAUUUCGUAGCACUUUAAGAAGUCUCUGUGGGAUUUGUCUAGUUAUCAUCGACGAGAAAGUGUACUUUCUGCACCAGACAGUAAGAGAAUUUCUGGUGUCACCAUCUGGCUCGAGCGAGCUAUCGCCGUCAAUUCAUAAUAUAAUCCCAUGGAAGCAUUCGAUUUUGAUCGAAAAGUCGCACUCCACAGCCUUGAAAGCCUGCCUGUGGCUCAUAUUAUGGGAACCCUCCAGCUUUCAAUCCUCAGAUUCCCUCCCUUCAUCUGACCGAAGGUUCAUGGGUGAAAAUGACAAAAGAGUGAUGUCAAAGACAGCCCGAAAAUUGGGCGGUCUUCGGUAUUACGCUCUUUAUAGAUGGAACAGCCACCUUGACUCAUCUGACUGCGGAAAAGAGGAAGUAAUCAUACGCAAAGUCCUCGAUGUUUUGCACCCAGAAUUUCAAAGUCGCAUGAAUCACCCAGCAAACAGAUUAUCUGCUUACUACUCGGAGGCACACACAACCGAAACCAACAUGCUCAUUGGAGCUACAGUCCUAGGAUUCCAAGAUGUAGUAAAGUUCCUGCUCAGAACAACAAACGCCGACAUCAACGCUCGCGAAGCUUCCGGGGGACUCACUCCACUUUCUUUGACCAUAUUUAAGGGCUUUGAAGGAAUUUUCACAUUGUACAUGGCAGAAAAAGCGAUCAAUCCGAGCAUAGUCGAUUCGAGAAAGUGGACUGCGCUGAAUUAUGCGAUCCGUUAUAGUAGGGUACCGAUGGUGGCUGUUCUUCUGAAACAUGUUACGUUAGAAGUCACGCCUGACGCCGAAAAUCCUUUACUUACAUUUAUUCGCAAUGACAGAUAUACGGAUGACCGAAAAACUCUAGAUUUGAUGAUGGCACAACCUUCAUUCGACAUCAACGCACCGCUGGACGAAGCUGGAGACGUUGCGAUUACGAUGGCUGCAAGCACAAUGGAUUCCUCAUUAAUGAAGCAUCUACUUCGACAUCCGCAAGUCGCAGUCAAUGUCCGGAAUCGGUGUGGUCAGACAGCACUCAUAAUAGCUGUCAAACGUGGCGACUCGGAUUCAGUCAAACUAUUGCUCCGGCAUCCAGCAAUUGACGUCAAUUCCGCAGAUGAAGAUGGCCAGACAGCACUCAUACAAGCAACCAAGUGGAAUAGACCUGGUAUAACCGGCUUAUUGCUCCAACAUCCAGCACUCGACGUCAAUAUCGCAGAUGUAGAUGGCGAGACAGCUCUUACACAUGCAGUCAGCAGGAAUCAUUCUAAAGUGAUCGAAUUUCUGCACGAGCACCCUCAGUUGCGAUCUGUGAAGGCUAAAUCGGAUUGA